AUGGAAGGAUCACAAGACGCCUCGUAUGCGAAGUUUGACUCCGAAGGCCAAUCCAACAACCAGAAUCCGGCAGAGCUAUCGGUAAAACCAUCAGUCAGCUUUCAGGAGCGACCGAUGGCUCAAAGAGAAUACAACAGUGAUACAGACCCAAGAUUUCAGUUGACUGCGUCUGAGAUUGGACAAUUGAAAUUAAUUCUGGGACGUGGGGACGCCAUUUCUCUGGCGGCCACUUCUCUCGACAGUGACUAUCCUCAGUACGAAGAAUCAACCCAUGCAUGGGCCGUGUUUGCAGACAACCCAAAGAAGCGGGCUGGCAAAUGGGAACGCGCUGUUGGGAUCGUUAUCAUUAUCUUUCAGCUGUUUGCCUACCGCUUGUUUGCUCUCGAGGCGAUUGAAGACUUUCAACGUGGAUCCGUCCCUGUUAUGGUUAGCCAUGCGGACUGUGCCGCCGCCUAUGAACAGCCAAAUCAAAACUUUACCUGCGAAGCGCAAUAUACCAAUACAAUUGACGCCUUUGUGGCAUUUUUCAUGUUGGCCAUUUUCCUGACGAAGGAUUUUAUUCAGGCUGGGAAAUCGAUCCGAGAUUCUGUUGGGAAGGGAUGGGUUUUUGGCUUUGCACUUUUGGCAGCUGUGGAAGUUACAUCAGCGUUCGUGGCUGCUGGUAUUGCAGUCAGUUAUCACUUGUUCAUCGGAGAAGUUACGGAUGCCGUCGAAGUUGGAGUAGGAUUACUUUUCAUUCGUGAGUUAAGUCGACAAACCUACGCCGGAUUGAAGGAAGGAAGAGGCAAGAAUAAGCAAUACAAACACUUUUUGGCGGUGUUGAGCAUCCUGAUUGUUCUUGGCAUGUGUAUGGAUCCUUUGACAGCCAAGAUCUUCGCAGGUUACAUUCAAUGA